GUGACACCAUGUAGAAACGAUAAUCGAUAGAGAAUGUGUAGCGAUUAUGAUAUAUCGAAUGGUUCGACUGAACUUGUUGCUAAUUGUAAGAAAUAUCCCGAGUCACGAAUGUACAUAAAGCCGCGAGACGAUAAAUGUCAAAUCGAAUUUUUUUAACGAAUGGACAACUAAUGCAAUUAAUCAUUACAAAGUACGUAAAGCAGAUUGGAGCUUCAAAAUGGAAAAAAAUUUAGAGAAAACGUUGGAUGAUAUAAAUAACACAGAAGGUAUUAUUGGUUGUAUUUUGGCUGAUCAUGCUGGACUAUGCUUAGGAGCUAAAGGAAAUGCAUCUACCGACAGUGCAGGAAUAAUUGCAGCUAUUGCAGAUCAAGUUACAAAAUUAGAGCCCAAAUCACCACCACCGGUCAUUUCUCUUCAAAAUGAUAGCAGGAAAUGCCUCAUACAACGUCAAGGUGCAGUAGUAGGUGCCAUUUAUAAGGAUAUUUCUAUGUAAAAUAAUUUUGUUAUUUAAAUGAAUACUACUGGUUAUAUGUAAAUUAAUUAACUAAUUUUGUUAAUUAUAUGUAAACUUGAAAUAAAUAAUUUUUUAUAUUC